CAGGGGUGCGGGGGAAGAUGCCCAUCCUGCUGUUCCUCGUAGACACGUCCGCCUCUAUGAACCAGCGCACUGACCUGGGCCCCUCCUAUUUAGACAUUGCCAAAGGCGCUGUGGAGUUAUUCUUGAAGCUGCGCGCCCGGGACCCAGCCAGCCGUGGAGACAGGUACAUGCUGGUCACCUACGAUGAACCCCCGUACUGCAUCAAGGUUGGUUGGAAGGAAAAUAAUGCAACAUUCAUGAGCGAACUAAAAAAUCUUCAGGCUUCUGGACUGACUACUCUUGGUCAGGCUCUAAGAUCCUCAUUUGGUUUGUUAAAUCUCAAUAGAUUAAUAUCUGGAAUAGACAAUUAUGGACAGUGAAGAAAUUCAUUUUUUUUUAGAACCAUCU